AUGGCCGCUCGCAAACGACGCCGUAGCCCGUCGGCAGACAUUUCAGUCUCCGAAAUCUGCCAGCGGGCGACAUCUCAGGAGCGAGACAGCUGGAAUGGCUUCUGUGAGAUCGAGUCAGAGCCAGCCCUUUUCAAUGUGAUGCUCCGGGAGUUUGGAGUCAAAGGGGUCAAGGUGCAAGAAGUUGUUUCGCUGGACGAAGAGAUGAUGGCUUUCCUCCAUAAGCCGGUCUACGGAUUGAUCUUUCUCUUCCGCUGGCGCGAAGAUGAUUUCGGAAAGCAAGAAGCAAGCUGCCCGGAGGGCCUCUGGUUUGCCAAUCAGACCGCCGAUAAUGCAUGCGCGAGUGUCGCAUUGCUGAACAUCGUCAACAACAUCGAAAAUAUCGACUUGGGAGAGAAUCUUCAGCACUUCAAGGAUUUCACCAUGCCAUUCACCCCGGCGCUACGGGGCGAUGCCAUCAACAAUUUCGAGUUUGUCAAAAGAGUCCACAACUCUUUUGCACGAAAAAUGGACAUGCUCGGUUCAGAUUUUCAGCUCAAAACCGAAUCCAAGUCUAAAAAAUCUAGCAAGGCCAAAAACAGCCAUGAUGAAACUGACUCGGAUGCUUCCUUCCACUUCAUCGCUUUCGUACCAGCAAUGAGAAAAGUGUGGAAGUUUGAUGGCCUCGAACGGCAGCCCCAAAUGUUGGGCGAAUGCAGCGAAGAAGACUGGCUGGAGUUGGUCAAGCCGGAUAUUUUCACGCGUAUGGCGGCAUAUGAAGAGGACCAGAUCGAGUUCUCCAUCCUGGGUCUCGUGCGAGACCCCCUGCCCGAGCUGCUGGGACAGCUUGCGGUCAACGUGCGGUGUCUAGAGAUCCUCAACCAGUGUAUCUUGUCCCAGACAGAAGAAGAGCUGGGAACCACACUGAAUGCGCUUCAGGAGACGAUACUAGGACCUGACUCCUCUCUGCCCUUGACGCGCGAGGAUAUCAACACGGCCGACGUGUCUGCUCAAGAGCGCGAGUACGAAUCAUACUCUGCGGCACAAUUACAGCAAGCACAGCAGGAGCUCAGCAAUGCGCAGCGGGGCUUGCGUGCAAGCAUCCAGGAGGAGAAACAGUCACAGUGGGCAGACGCGGACUAUGCUGCUGGACGGCGGUUUGACUAUGCUCCCGCGGUACCUGAUACUUCUAGCGUCUGGCCCUCGUUUUUGUAUUCAAAACGCACGUCACCGCCCAGCGCCAACUUCCCAUCCUCUCUUUUCGUUCUUUUGCAUUCUCGUUUGUUUCAAUCUGGAACAUCCUGGUCUACGUGGGAUCUGCCUUGCCCUGUCUCUUGUCGAAUCCCUCCCUCUUCUCUCCUCCACAACCAGAGGCAGGUCCCCGAGACGCUCCUCGGUUUGCCACCCUUUACCCACACCUACCACCUCGCCUCUUCAACGAAACAUUCUUUAAGUUCCCCCCACUCACACAUCGCUCCGACAGUUUCAACAACCUCACCCGCCAUGUCAUCCGUCGACGCAACACCCGAGAAAGCCCCCGAUGAUUCUUCCAAGCUGAAAACCUUCCUGGGCAUCCUGCGCAAGUUCGUGGGUGUGACAGACAUCGCCUCGGUGCGCUUCUCGCUGCCAGCGCAGCUGCUCGAGCCCCGGCCGAAUCUAGAAUAUUGGCACUACCUGGACCGACCCGAGACUUUUGCGAGCAUUGGCAAGUCCGAUGACGAGCUAGGUCGGAUGCUGGAAGUGUUGCGGUUCUGGUUCACCAAGGACUUGAAAUACAUCAAGGGCAAACCGUGCAAGCCAUACAAUUCGACUCUCGGUGAAUUCUUUCGGUGCAGCUGGGACGUGUCAGAUGCGGUCCCCGAAGAAGCGAACCUGCCUGGUGUGAGCUCAGGUAGCAGCGGUGCUUCUACCGUUGGUGAUAGCACCGGGGAAACGGUCAAGGUAUCCUAUCUGACCGAGCAGACCUCACACCACCCACCUGUCUCCGCAUUCUAUAUCGACUGUGCGGAACGGGGAGUCACCGCGCGCGGGUUCGACCAAAUCAGCGCCAAGUUCACCGGCACCAGCAUUCGGGUAUCUCCCGGUCAGCACAACUUGGGCAUUUUCGUCACACUUGAAAAGAGAGACAACGAGGAGUACCAGUUAACCCAUCCGUCCGCACAUCUGGGAGGCCUGCUGCGAGGCGCCCUGUCGAUUACCGUCUCCGAUACAUGCUAUAUCAACUGCCCGAAGACAAAAGUCAAGGCUAUUCUGCAGUACCUGGAGGAUGGGUGGCUUGGACGGUCUCAAUAUAGGGUGCAGGGGGUGAUAUUCCGCUACGAUCCCGACAAUGACACCAUCACAAAUAUCAAAGAUGUGCCAGAGGGGGAUGUGCUGGCCCGGAUCACCGGCUCAUGGCAUGGCAAGAUUUAUUUCACCCCUACAGGGACCAAGGAGCCUUGCUUGCUGAUCGAUAUCACCCCUCUCUGCCCCACGACAAAGACUCUCCCUCCAGACGAAGAGCAGCUGUCCAACGAAUCGCUCAAAUUCUGGUCGGACGUCACCUCCGCCAUUAUUGACAAGCGGUUCACCCAGGCCACUAAGCUGAAACAGGAAAUCGAGGAACGGCAGCGACAGCGGGCCGCAGAGCGCAAAGAGAAAGACGAGGAGUGGAAGCCGCGCUUUUUCACUGGCGCAGUCACGCCGCUGGGUAAACCAGAACUGACCGAGGAAGGACAGAAAGUCCUAGAAGGCAUCCGAUCCGGCCACUACGCCUUGGAGGAGAGCGAUAUGCAGGGCGCAUAA